UUUUUUUUACCAUAUUCUAUGAAACAUAAUAAGCUGUAUUAAGGGCCAGACUUUUGCUUUCUCUGAUUGAUUGAUUGUAUAUUGUUUAAAGUCUCUCUCGAUAAUAUUUCACUCAUAUGGAGACGUCACCACUGCCGGUGAAGGGGUGCUAAAUUUAGGCCGAUGCUCGGCGCUUAUAGCCAUUGAGCAGGGAGGGGUUUUUAUCGUGCCGCACCUGCUGUGACACGGGACUUCGGUUUUUGCGGUCUCAUCCGAAGGACCGCCCCAUUUAGUCGCCUCUUACGACAAGCAAGGGGGUACUGAAGAUCUAUUCUAACCCGGAUCCCCACGGGAUUGCUAACUCUGAAUACUGCUCAUCAAAUGUUAGUGACAAACAUGAUGCUCUGUUAAUUCAGUAUAUCUUUGGAAUAAGGAAACGGCGUUGUUGCAGUGGUAAUUAUAUUUAUCACUUACAGUGGAUAUACGUUUCUUUGUAUCCUAUUAGAGAACUUUUCACUCAUAUAGCUUUGGGAAAAGUAAAACAAAUUUUGACGAAUGCAUGGCACUUACGGUCGUAGUAGUGGGAGUUCUUUAUCGUGCCAUCGCAUGUCGUGACACAGGACCUCCGUUUUUAAGGCCAUGUCCGACCCCAAACUUUCACUUUGGGAGUGCGUUCGAGAUCGCCGUUCUGCGUACGAGUACAAAUUCCUGUCGAUCCCGAACUCCAAGUACGCAACCCGAGAACGGGUUCGAGGUGCAAGAACUCGCACCAACUCUGUAGGUAGUGUGGUCGAAGAACAAAGAACACGUUCGUGCGCACAUGUUCUCGUUGUUCGUGACUCUAAGAACGGAGCACGAGAACAACGGGAACGGCGACCUCCAACGCACUCCUAAUGUCGGGAGGAACAGUCACGACCUAUGUUGAAUGUUCUCGGUUAAACGCGGCGCUGAGAUCGAGAAUUGAACUUAGGACCUCGGACAGGUUGCGAGGCUAACACCAUAACUACUAGGCUAUCGCGACUGAUCCACGGAUAGAUGUUCCUCGCUAACAAUUCUAACUUCAUUAACAUUAGGACCAUUGCUUUCAGUAUCUAGUUAAUCGUUGGUUGUUUUGCUUUUUUUUCUCGUCUUGAAUCUCGUAUUUUUAUACUGGCUAUUAGUACGCGUCUUCAUCUUUGUUUACAUUGACGUCAACAUUACACUUUAUCUAUCUUCUAUGUCCAAAAGAUUUCCGAUAACGAAUAGUAAAAACAAAAAUAAAUCCAAUAAAAACAGAUUUAUAUAAUCAUUUACGAGUUAUCUAUCCUAUGAAAAAGACGCGAUGGCCUUAAGUGCUUAUUUUGUCUACUGCGGGUGCACUAAAGCCAUGGAGCGAUUAGAUGGUCCAACACAGACGUGGACUUUGGACUAUCAACAUGUGUCUGUGUUGUUAUCACACUGCGAUGUUUUCUCCUGUCCAAUUGGUGAGGGUCAGAGAAAAAACAUAUCCCUGAAUCAAUAAACAAUUUCCUAUGGCAGACUAUGUCAGAAACAGAAAUAUGAUAUUGUAUGUAAUUUGAAAGUUACUGCCAGAUCUUAUCCGACGCGCCGCGGUUUCUACAGUUUUAAUACCAUUUAUGUAGACAAGAAAAUACAAUUUCUUCCUUAAGCAUUCAUUAACGCCUCGAAUUAAAUCAUUCAUAAGAUGGGUAAGAUUAAAGUCAUUGUUAAUAUACAUGUACUAUAUAAGUAUCUAAAAUUAGACAUGAGGCUAUAGUACACGUUGACGAUGUUAAUAUGCUGUUAUCUGAAAGCAGACGACCACGUGACUCCUGAUAACACAAUUUUCAGACUACCUGUAAACAAAUACCGACAUUAUUAGAACAUGAUCUUAAGAGUAUAAUGGAAGUUACCUUCAAUCAACAACUCUUAAGCAAAGUUUCGUCUUUCGGUAGUGAUUCUGUACACUCCUCGAAGGUGGGAAGCAAUCCAUUGGACCGUGAGUUAACAUCUACUGUUGAUAGGGCUCUACAAACGACUGCUGGGAGGUUUGAGUGGUUGACUUUGGUCUUUAGGGAUAUGACGGACAGGGAGGGGUGCCAACACAACUGUUCUGGUCACGGAACCUGUGACAAUGGAAUAUGUGUCUGUAUGGUACAGUAUGCAGGAGAGUUCUGUCAAAAUAAGAACACGGGCUAUUUUGUGGCAUUUGGAAGUAUUUUUGUUGCCCUGAGUGCUGUUGCAAUUAUUCAGCUAGUGCUGUGUAUCCAUAAUGAAUAUACCAGGCAAAAACAUAAAUCUAUAAGGAAGAUCCUGCGUAUUAAUGCCCAGAAACUUCUCUACUUUCUGACAUUUUUUGCUACAGCGAUCAGGGGCAUUUACUUCUUUACAAAGUGGAGUAUAUCAGACAUAGCCUCCUCCAAUCUCUCCAGUGCUUUCUAUCCUGUCAUGCUCUCCGGAUUUUCAUUUAUAAUAUGCUUUUGGGCAGAGGCGUUUCACCUUGGCGACAUUAAGUUUGACAAGCCACGGUUUUUGAGUAAAUCCAUUAUCGGGUUCCUUAUCUUCAACUUUCUGAUGUACGCUCUCCUGUUCAUCCAACUCGUCUCCACUGACGUCAUAGACGAUGCAGACACAGUGAAGCUGAUCACCAAAGUUUGUAAUUGCUGCUUUGCAUGUCUGAUGAUAGUAGCAGUCAUGUUCUUCCUCGGAUACGGCGUGGAAGUCUACUUUAAGGUACAUGGAGCAUUCAAUAGCAGAUCAGGGAACGUGGAUCCUUGGCAGCUACAUGCAUCUCGUUUGGGUCUGAUUGCGCAGGCGUCAUUACAGCUGAUCACCGCGUUAUUCAUAAUCGCAGACGUGCAAGGAGACAUUUGGAAAAAUCACUUGCCAAUAUUAAGUCAGAACUUUUACGACAUUGGAUUUAGAAUUGUGGAGUUUGGUGUCGUGCUCUGGUUUCCAUGCGUUUUAUGGAACUGCAAAAGCCCGGAAAACCUAUGGGUGUUAAAUCCUACGACGUUAUUCAAAAGAUUGAAGGAAAAGAAUGAAACGGACGCUGUCAGGAACGUCCCUCAAGAGAACUACGGAUCCCUGUAUCAAAUACAAGGUGUUAAAGAAGACUGUUGGAUUUGUUACGACACCGACAGAACAGACGCCGGAGCACUCAUUCAACCGUGUCAGUGUCGUGGUGACGUGGCUUCCGUUCAUCAUGAAUGUCUACGGAAAUGGCUGAUAGAGUGUGCUGACCAACAAAAAGAAUUGAAAUGCAAAGUAUGCAAUGCACCUUAUAAAGUCAGUGGUAGUUGGUCAUGGAUUCCAAAAGGGUUGAAGCCUCGUCACUGGUUGCAGAAUUUCCUCGUGUUGAGUGUCAUGAUAUCUGCGCCUUUCAUCACAUAUGCUAUAACUCAUUCCGUGACGUCAUUGUAUAUCAGAAUAUUUGUGAUUGGUCUGUGUGUCCUUGUGGAUAUUGGUUGCCUCAGGGUUUUGGCCUCAAGUUUUGGUGUUUGUUACAAACGCGGACGACUUUCAACAUUAACUAUUGCUGGAAGGGAGGUUACCGGUGUCACAGGAAAUAUUCCCACACCUACAGCUACGUCACUUCCGCCACGCACGUCUGCAUUUAAAGCAGUUGAAGACCGUGUUAGAUACAGCGGAAAUGGGGCAGACAACUUCCCUUCGUGCGGAGCGUUGGACGAAUCUUCCUCCGACAUUCCAAAUUCUUUGUCUGUGGAGGCCACUAUUGAACAAAGCUAGUAACUGUCACUGUUUUGUAGUAAAAAUAGAUCUUUUUUCCUUGCAUUAGAUAUUUCUUGCAGAAUAACUUGAAAACUUUUAUGAUUGUUGAUUUUUCUGUUGCAUAAUACAUCAUAUUUAUACUAUGUAUAUCGUUACGUGUAUUUGACUUAUUACAAUGUAUGUUAGGAUGUUGUUCCACGAACACAGAAGAUUGUUUUUAUUGAAUUAAAAUAUGCAGAAAACCUUC